AUGGAUCCAAGGAAUCCAUAUAGCCAGUCCGCUAGCUAUCUAGGCCUUCUUCACAGUCAACAACCUAGUGUUGUCAAUGAAAACUUUCCUUUUCAAAGUUUUCAUUCUAGUACUGUUAACCUUGGAGCAUCUGAACUCCCUCCUUUCAGUUCACAACCAACUGACCCUCCAAGUCAACCUGAAGCCAUACCGGUCGAGCGAAGGGAGAGAAAGAAAUGGACCCCGGCUGAUGACGAGGUUUUAAUCAGCGCGUGGCUCAACACAUCUAAGGAUGCGGUUGUUGCUAAUGAUCAAAAUGCACGCACCUUUUGGAAAAGAGUUGGAGAAUAUUAUGCAUCUACUCGUCAUGCUACAGAGGGUGAGAAGAGGGAGCAUAUCCAUUGCAAGCAAAGGUGGCACAAAAUAAACGAGGUCACCAACAAGUUCUGCGCCGCAUACGCUUCUGCAGAAAGACAACAAGCCAGUGGCCAGAACGAAACUGAUGUUCUGAAGGUUGCUCACCAGAUCUUCUACGCUGAUCAUAACACCAAGUUUACUCUUGAACAUGCAUGGUGUGUGUUAAGGUUUGAGCAGAAAUGGCUUAGCCUUAACACACCUCAACCCAGUGGCAGUUUAAAGAGAAAAACGGGUGAGCCAGGUUCCCAAGCGUCAGUUGGUGAUCAUGAGACCCGGCCUGAAGGUUCUAAGGCUGCAAAGGCAAAAAGGAGUAGCUGUAAGGGGAGGGAUCUUGAUGAGGUUAAGACCAUUUGGGAAUUCAAAAAGGAGGAUUUGGAGAUGAAGGAGAAAUUGUCAAAGCUGGCAAUACUUGACACUCUGCUUACUAGAGAGCAACCAUUAAGUGAUGCUGAAGAAGUAGUUAAGAAUAAGCUGCUUGCCUUGUAUUUCUGA